GGGAACAGCUGUACCUAGAGCGGAAAUACUCUUUACGGAAGUGAUAGCUGUGCUACUCGUGGGUGGGAUGGCUGCGGGCCGCGUCUUUCUAAGUCGAAUUCGCGCACCGUUUUGUCACAUGGCCCAGAGCCCACUCGAGGGCGCUCCCUCUUCCAGGGGCCUACAUGCGGGGUGCGGGCCCCGAAGGCUGUCCAUCGAAGGCAACAUCGCUGUGGGAAAGUCCACCUUUGUGAAGUUACUCACGAAAACUUACCCAGAGUGGCACAUAGCUACAGAACCUGUAGCAACAUGGCAGAAUAUCCAGGCCCUUGGCACACAAAAAGGCUCUGCCACCCAAAGCAUUGGAAACUUGCUGGAUAUGAUGUACCGGGAGCCGGCACGAUGGUCUUACACGUUCCAAACAGUUUCCUUUAUGAGCCGCCUGAAAAUACAGCUGGAGCCCUUUCCUGAAAACCUUUUGCAGGCCAAGAAACCAGUACAGAUCUUUGAGAGGUCUGUGUACAGUGACAGGUAUAUCUUUGCAAAGAAUCUUUUUGAAAAUGGUUCCCUCUGUGACAUCGAAUGGCAUAUCUAUCAAGACUGGCAUUCUUUUCUCGUGCAGGAGUUUGCCAGCCGGCUCAAAUUACAUGGCUUCAUCUACCUCCAGGCUACUCCUCAGGUUUGUUUGGAGAGACUGUACCUGAGGGCCAGAGAGGAAGAAAAAGGAAUUGAGCUGGCCUAUCUUGAACAGCUUCAUGGUCAACACGAAGCCUGGUUUAUUCACAAGACAACUAAGCCCCACUUUGAGACUCUGCAGAAUAUUCCUGUGCUGGUGUUGGAUGUCAAUGAUGAUUUUUCUGAAGAGGUAACCAAACAAGAAGAACUCAUGAGAAAGGUAAAGACCUUUGUAAAGAAUCUGUAAACUUGGGGUGGCACCUGUGGCCCAAGGAGUAGGGCGCCAGCCCCAUAUACCAGAGGUGGCAAGUUCAAACCCAGCCCUGGCCAAAAACUGCCAAAAAAAAAAAAAGGAUCUAUAACCAAUACCAUAAUGUUCUGGCUUUGAUCUGGGCUCUCGGACUCUCUGAAGCUAGAAAAAUGUUGCAUCUCCCACCCACCUUUCCAUCCCCAGCCCCUUUCUCCCCUAGAGUACUGUAACACUCUUGGGGGAUGGUUUGUGUUAGCUUCAGACUAUGCCUUUUUCUUCUUCUGUAUCUCAAAGACUUUGAAAAUAAAGUUUACUUAUGUUUUGCUUA